CCUGACAGGGGUUGCCGAAGGGUUACUCCCCUGCGCUGACGACGAUCAGAGACAGGUCCCAAUCUCGACAGGUUGCUCCUCUCCGCAGCCCACCGCAAGCCCCUACAGCUUCCCUUCCUUGAAAGGAGGCACCCCAAAAUAUCCAAAUUGGCUGGGGCGAGCUGCUUUCUUAUGUUCUUGUUGGUGGAAGUGUGCAGAGGCGGCCAGGUUGUCGGGCGACCGCGUUGCCGCCGGGCACUCCAUUCCUUGGAACUGGGAAAUGUAAGGUGUUUGUGGAUAUCUUCACGCACGAGGGCUAGUAGUAGUUGUGGUUCAGCGGCAUCUGUCCGGGAUUCCAACUGUACUCGAAACCGGCCGCCUGGUACGAUGGCAUUAGGCGUUGCUGCUCACGGUCACCCCCUCGUCCUUCGUACCACAAAUAUGUUGGAUUCCAGAGACGGUGGUCAUUCGGUCGUUGGGCCGACGCACCUGUCCCUUGUGCCCUUCCUCGGCAAAGCGGCAGGCGGCAUAAUGCUCGAGUCUUUAUUCCUUGUGCUUAUGAACGCAAGCGCGAAAGCUGGCUUGGUGGAAGCGCCUGGCGAGGCACAACACAGCCGUGAACAAAAGAAGGGUCCCAAGACCACUAAUCCUCCUCGUAUCCGUAUAAAACGGGGCUGGCUGGCAUGACAAGGUCCGGACCAGGGCACUCGAGCUUGGUGAAGCCCUUUGCUAAUUCACCUCGAGUCUCUUUUGAGGGGAGAGGUUAUCACCUAUUCAUAGACACGAGAAAAA